ACACGCCUUUCCAGUUCAUUCCCCCAAAUACCCUUCUUUCACAAAUGGACCAACCCACCACUUCCAUUAAAUCUCCGCCGCCCGACACCAGUCUCGUUUUGGACUCUGCUGACUCCAGCUCCGCCGUCGGUGGCGGCGUCGAGGCUGAAUCCCGGAAGCUACCCUCCUCCCGUUUCAAAGGAGUGGUCCCACAGCCCAAUGGCCGAUGGGGCGCGCAGAUUUACGAGAAGCACCAAAGGGUAUGGCUGGGAACAUUCAAUGAAGAAGAUGAAGCCGCACGUGCCUACGACGUGGCUGCUCAACGCUUCCGUGGUCGUGACGCCGUUACCAAUUUCAAAACGUUAUCUCACGGCCAAGUAGACGACGUCGUAUCCGCCUUUCUUAACUCUCAUUCCAAAGCUGAAAUCGUUGACAUGCUACGUAAACAUACCUACCUAGACGAACUACACCAAAGCAAACGAAACGCCGAUUUGUUAUCUUCGGAUCGUAAAAGAAACGGUUCGUUAUUACCCGGUUCGGAUAAUGAACCGGAUUCCGCUCGGGAACUUUUAUUUGAAAAAGCCGUUACGCCUAGCGAUGUUGGGAAAUUGAACCGUUUAGUUAUCCCUAAACAACACGCCGAGAAAAACUUCCCUCUCCAAACCGGUUCCGCCGGUUCAGCCGCUUCGUCCAAAGGACUUCUCUUAAACUUCGAAGACGGCGUCGGGAAAGUGUGGCGGUUCAGGUACUCGUAUUGGAAUAGUAGUCAAAGCUACGUGUUGACCAAAGGGUGGAGCCGGUUCGUUAAGGAGAAGAACCUAACCGCCGGUGACGUCGUGAGCUUCUUGAAAUCGACCGGUGAAGAUAAGCAGCUAUACAUUGAAUGGAAGGCGAGUAAGAGUGCAGCCUCGACCGGGUCCAACACGAACCCGGUUCAGACGGUGAGAUUAUUUGGAGUGGACAUUAUGAAAGUAACGCCGAGUAGUGGGUGCGGUGAGAAGAGGAGAAGAGAAAUGGAGUUUUUGAGUUCAGAAUGUAACAAAAAACAAAGGAUCGUCGGAGCAUUGUAACGUACAAUUUCCUUUUUUUUUUUCUUUUUUUUUUUUUGUUAAUUUAUUGCACGUGUUUUGAGGGACUUGAUAGAAAAUAUUUAUGUUUGCAAAAAUGCCCCUCUCUCACAAGCAAAAACAAUUGUAUAAAUGAGAG